AUGAGCACUUCCCAUGUUCCUGCAUUCACCAACAGCCCAAAGUUUGUUUUUUUCACCGACUUUGACGGCACUAUUACCACGGAUGACUGCAAUGACUAUCUCGUGGACAAUCUCGGUUUCGGCCCCGAGCGUCGUCAGCAGCUCUAUACCGAAGUGAUGGCCAACCGGAUGAGCUUCCGCAACAGCUUCCUCGAGAUGUUUGAUAGCAUCACGACCCCUUAUAAUGAGUGUCUUGAUCUUUUGCGCCAGAAUAUCAAGCUCGACCCUGGUUUCAAAGGGUUUUACGACUGGGCUCGGGAAAACCACAUUCCCAUCGUCAUCCUCAGCAGUGGAACCGUACCGAUGAUCCGAACGCUACUAGAUUCACUCCUCGGACCAGGUUGGGAUAUCCAGAUUAUUGGUAAUAAUGUGGUACCUCGCGAUGGGAAGAGCAUUGAUGAGAAGGGCGGGUGGCAGAUUGAUUUCCAUGACGAAAGUCCUUAUGGCCACGACAAGUCGCUCGAAAUCCGCAAAUAUUCUUCUCUAUCUGACCGGCCGAUUCUUUUUUACGCCGGUGACGGCGUUUCUGACCUUUCCGCAGCCAAGGAAACAGAUCUUCUCUUUGCAAAAGCCGACAAAGAACUUGUCGUUUGGUGCGAGAGAGAGGGGGUCCCUUUUGUGGCUUUUCGUGAUUGGAAUAGCAUCCUAGAAACCUGCAAGAAAAUUGCCGCUGGCUUGAUAACGGUUGAGGAAGCUGCUAAUAGCGGAAUUUGA